AUGGCUGAUAUCAUUAUAAGGUACUACUAUCAGCAUGACAAGUCAAGAUUACCAGCCUGCACUCUUCCAAUUCACGGAAUGCUUCAUAUUGCUGAUGACAUUUUAAGUAUUCGGAGGGAUUGGUCCCAGCUAACAAUGCAUGAGACUGUUUUCAAAGAUUAUGAUGCUUAUGUUCUUCAUCCCCCUCGAGUGACUUCAUAUGAACCUGACCAUGAUGAGUGGGUUAAAGUUGCAUUGUAUUUCAGGCAACUUAUUGGCGGAAGGCGAGGGGUGAUUGUUGCACGUCUCCCAGCUGUGAUGGCACUCUGGAAAAAAGUUCGUAUCCAAAAUGGCGGAGACAGUAUUCGGACGCACAGUGCCACCAGUUCGAGUGAGUCUACUAUAUCACACAUUAGUUCCAAAUACGAACAUGAAUAUGAAGACCGUGUAAAUGGAGCUCUUCACGUGGUUCAGUUGGUGCAAUAUGGUCAUCUCGAGAAAAUACUGGUUUUCUCAUUGUCAAACGACACUCAGUGGCGAGGGCUUGCUGGCAAAACUCUUCUGCUUGUGCUCAUUCGACCAUGUCAGACCGAGGGUAGGAAUGCUACCAAGGAGGAAGCACGUUAUUCAAGAAACCUUGCCAGCAUCAUCACCGACCUAUGGAAUGUAAAAGGAGUUGUAGGGAUGGUCAAGAGUCACAGGGAAUGGACUAUCAUUGACCGCAGAAGCAGUUUUGCGAAACCAGCCUUUGAUGGUGCUGGGUAUAAUACAGAUGAAAGUGAGGCGGAGUAA